AAAUUCGCGGCGCCUAAGCGUGUCGCGUUAUUUAUUUCCACACGCGCCGACUUCCUACUUUCCUUCUCCUCUGCCUCUCUUCUAGUCAGCCAUGGAUGGCAACAGGAAACGCAAGCGGGUUGAGGAUGAGAUUAGCACAGUCUUGACAUUUCAUGCUCCUGGAAACCGAGUAUUUGACCGUCUGUUCAAGGAUGCAUCCCUGGAAGACCUUAAAGCUGGUGUGAAGAAGAAACUUGGUGUGCCAACUGUUACAGAUGUACGGCUUGCACAGUUACGAGAGGGCAAACGGAUUGAUCUUGAGGACGAUGACGAUUUCGAUGCGCUUCGUGCACGGGCAUACUCGAAUUCAUCAAUGGACAUUGUCGUAGCGCUUGGGGAAAGCAAUGAUUUCAGCCAUGUGUUGAAUGCUCCUCGUACCUCUUCUGCUGCAGCGGCUCCCGUAGAUACUUUGACUCCGAAGCGCAAGAAGCGGAAGACAAAAGCACAGACUCCUGCUGCAAACGACCGCCCUCGCUCGGACGCUGUGCCUGUUGCAGGACUCAGCGAAUUUCAGGGCCAUGGUGCUCGAAGUGAAGCAGAAUUUGCCACAAGAGCUUCUCCGUCCCCCGAAGAUGAUGAUUCAAGACAACCUGUUACUCCAACCAAAGCCAAGUUGAAACAACUACAAGCACUUCGGAAUAAUGGUCUUCCAUCUCCGUCUAUUCUCAAGAAACCCAAGCCUGUGGGUACCGUUCCAUGUUCAUCUUUGACUACACCCGGUUGGAAAGAGACGAGUACAGCCGUGUCCUCGCCUAACGUAACACAUAAUGUCACGUUCAGCCCAUACGUAUCGGUUCUAACGAAGAACGGUCAGGUAUCCAACCAAGCUGCUGAAGCUCGCAGAAGCACGGAACAUCAGGUCUCUCAUUCUGUGUCAGAACCAGAGGCAUCAUCGUCUGCCAUUCCUGAUGCGGAACCACUCGCUGAUGCAAAAUCGAAGAAACCGAAGAAGCAGAAGAAGAGAAAGCUUAGCCUGGAUGCCGAAUCUGCACUUAACGGCUUGUCAACUGAAGACCAGCAGCAGAAUGCAAAGGCCGGAAGUACUCUGUCCACACAGACUCCUGCAGCGGCCGACUCUGUUCUUGAGACUGACGCGCUACCCGCUAUCCCUCUCAAGAAGAAGCGCAAGAAGGACCUUGAAGCUUUAACAUCAACUCUUCAGCCGCAGGUGGAGGCGACCACGGAAGGCCCUGCCGAGUCUUCGAAGCGGAAGUCUAAGUCAAAAAAGGUGGGCAAGAGCGGAACACUAGUUGUCCCACCUCCGUCAACCGAAGUUCGUGAAGUCGAACCCUCUUUGAGCAAUGCUCAACCCGAGGUUUCAGAGACUCCACCGCCAGUACCUGAGACAUCCAAGAAGUCUAAGAAAAAAUCAAAGGCCCGUUCAACACAGGCGGUACCUGAUGUACCUCCCGAAACCUCACAAUCCUCUGCUGAACCGGUCGCGACCAGCAACGGUGAGGUUGCAGACAAUUCUAAAGGCUCAACUAAGUCCAAAGGCAAGAAGAAGACUAAGCAAGUCGAAGACGUACCUAAUGGUGAUGCCGAGUCGACUGCAUCAGUACAAGUUUCCAAGUCUGCUGAGAUCUCUCUUCCGGACGUCUUCAAUCCGCCAACGAAGAAAAGCAAGACCAGAAAGUCUAAAGCGACCGAAGCGUUAUCUACAACAGCGCAACCUGUGCAACAAGAUUCUUCCCCUCCAAUCACACCGGCAACCACUGUAGACACGUCGACUCAACCGCAAACUUCAAAAGCGAAAAGGAGGCCUAGCAAGGCAUCGGCGUCGGCUGUGGCUUCGACAGCACCAGACGAUAUCACUUCUGUAGGGGCUGCUAAAUCAAAGAGGAAAUCGACAGCUUCGACGAUGAAUUCGGAUGAAUUAGCAGCCAAAGUCCAGGAGGCUGUCAGUGCCGUACUUUUCAGAAAUCUCGCUUCUGUGUCUGCUACUGUCAGUGGAGUGUCCAAAGCAACUGGGACUGCUGCACCGAUUGCUAACGGAGUCGUAUCCUCCGCUACGCCCACAGUGUCACCCAUAAUAAACCCUGUGGUUCAGGCAAUGGAACCUAAUACACAGGAGGUUUCUAGCUUGGUUACUCCUGCUGCUGAGCAGAGCAUCUCCGCACGUUCAAAACGUGCUUCUGCGGCUACGAAGAAGAAGACUACUAAGAAGGAAAUCGCUUGUCCCGUUUGCGAGACUGUUCCAUUCCAUCUUCGUUAUCUUUGUCCAGUGUUCAAAGCUGGUCCUGUUUCCAUCGAAAAGCGUAUCGCGGAGCUAAAGGAGAGUGACGGAGAUCAACUGCUCAUUGAGGAGUUGGAGAAGUCUUUGCAGAAGGCCCGGAAGAACGAUGCACCUCCGACUGACACCCCGUUGAAAUCAACUAUUCUUUCUGAACGACGUUCUGCAUCGGACGACAUAUUUGUUGCUCCGUUGACGAUACCUUCCACACGUGUAUCAACAGUCUCGUCCCAAGCCCCCUCCGAGUCGAUAUCCGCUGCCCUGACCUCUUCGAGGUCUCAAUUGUCAACAAGUUCGAGACCAGACAAUACUAGUGCUAAUGGACAAAUAGUCCCUGAGUCAGCCAGUGCUGCUGUACAGUCUUCAUCCUCCGGACAACUUGCACGGGCUCACAUUCCUGCUGGAUCUGCGAUUUCAGAAGUUCCCGUCGAAAGUCAAGGAGAAGGCAGUAGUGACGAGGAGGACGACACGAGCACGGAAUCAGAAAACGAACAGGGUGAACCUGUGGUGUCCAUUCCACCUACUACGCAGAUCCCGAAUGUGUCAGGGUCGUUGGAAAGCAUCGAUUUGGAGGCAUUACUGCGUGGACCAGUGCGUCCCUCCUCUCAAAUCCUUGCCACUUUAAGUUCCGACAGUAGUAGUGAGGAUGAGAAACAAGAGCAGGAAAUGGACGAAGACGAGGAUGCAGAGUUGGAAGAGGAGAAGAACGAUAGGGCGUUCCGUCGACUCUCAAAGCGGUUCCAAAGAGACGAUUCUCCCUCCUCAGAUGAUGCUGAUAUGGUUGCCGAGGAUGCUCCCCUAGUACCUCCUACGAUUAUGGAUCCCGAUGCCAAUGCGUCCUCCGACCAGCAGAAGGAAUCGGGGACUUCCAGUGCUACGACGAGCGCGUCUUCCGAAGAGCGUGCUGUUGAGGAUACCGUAGGGCGAGACCUGUCACCAGAAGUUCCCGAAGAACAUCCGAAUGGUGACUCGACCACAACACCCGGAGACAUCUUGGGACAGACCACAUCGAGCGCUGCAGGUUCGACGGCACCAGAAGAAUCCGAUAGUACAGUCCCAGAACGGGCUUUCACAUCGGAAAAGCCUCGACCUGCAACGAUUGACGGGGCAGCGGGUCCAACAAUCUCGCCUCGGAACGAGAUGGGUGAUGAGGAGCAAAGCUCAAAAAAUAUAACUGCGACAGUAACGGAAAUCUCGAUCCAGGAUGCGCACACUGCCCAAUCACCUUCACCAGAUACCAUCUCUCAUGGACCACCUGAAUCACCUUUGCCCAUAUCUGAUGUACGAACCGCGGAGGGUGCAAACUCAAUUGACAUUGAACUGUUCAGUGAUCCACCGCGUACUUCAAGAGGGGAAGAUCCAACGGAUCCCAUUGAGCCUGCAGAGGACCUUAUACCCACUCAGCCAAUUGUCGCUAUCGAUGAUGACUCUAUUGAACUGGACCAUGCUGAUCAGGAAACCGACGUUCGGAUAACGCCUCCACCUGCAAGCCCUGCGAGGCCUGGUACCGCGAAGCGCAUGAAAAAUAGGCAGGGAAAAGUGCCUCAGGACGACAGUGAACUGCCUGUCCCAGCGUCUGAACUCAUUGCAGAGUCGACCCCAGCACCUGCCCGAACUACGAGAGCUACCAGGCGAACCGCCAGUACGACUCAGAUACCUGCUAGCAAGCCAUCACAGGAUAUCCCCAAUGGUACGGAGAACGCGUCCCAGAAACCUUCAUCGGCAGCUUUGAUGCCUCCUCCCCCUGUUCCUGCUGCAGAGAAUCCUCCUGCUCCUGCUCCUGCCCCUGCUGCAAAACCUGCUCCCAAACGACGUGGACGGCCACCCGCUGAUCCUGAGGAGAAGGCUCGCCGAGAAGCUUUGAAGCAGGCCGAACGGGAUCGGAAAGCCGCUGAGAAGGCUGCUGCCAAAGCAGCCAGAGAAGCAGCAAAACAAGCCGCAAAGGAGCAGAAGCAGAAGACUGCCGCGGCUCGGGCGACACGAAGUCGGAAGGCAGCUCCGAAGAAAGCAGACGCGCCUGAAAUCGAGGACCAGUCAGCACUCAUUGCUGUUCCUGUCGUGACCAAGGAUACAGAACAACCGCCCUCAAGCACGUCUGAGGGUGCGGGCGCUGAUAAUCAAGCGUCCCAACUCUCGGUUGUUCAGUGGACUACCUUACCUAUACUUACUUCUCCCGCAACCGAGCAUUCUCAGGUGGAUGAACUGCGAUCCAGCAGCCCGCCUCCCGCCAACGAACCGCCGACUUCCCCUUCAAUUUCUUCAUCUGCGGUAACUCAAAAAGAACGUGGCGCUCCUUUGACCAACGGCGGAACACCUCAGGCAAGACCCAACUCAUCUCAACCAUCAAGUCAAGCAACACAGGGACGAAAGACACCCAGGAAGUCCACUUCGACACCUCGUGGAAGGGAUGAUCCAUUGUUCUUACCAGGUAGCCAGUUCCCUGAUUCGCAGUUGAUUGAUUCGAGUAUUGAGAUUCCGGGGCAGAGCGGUCGAGAGCGCUCAGCGUCGCCCUCAGUAUCCGAUUCUCAGGACGAGGGAGAAACUCCGUUGCAACUGAAGAAACCUCUAGUACGACCGAAUGCUUGGACGGCCGCAGCCAAGUUCCGGAGACUUUCUGAUCUUAAUAGUCAGGCGUUGUUCCCUACGCCUACUCCGACAUCUUUCUUUUCGUCGAGUCAGAGGUCUAACGUUCCGGCGAGUACAGGUGCUAAUGAUGAGGAAAGUGAAGAUGAGAGUAGUAGUAGUAGUGAAGAUGAAGACGUGGAUAGGUCGCAUAUACCGAAGAAUAGGAGAGCUGGAACUUCACGGAAACCGAAGAAGGGACUUUUGUCAUAUGCAUAAUGUCGUGAGUUACGCCAUAUCUUUCUUGGUUCUUGCAUGCACUAUUUUAUCACGAUCUUACUCCAUAAUGCUGACCUGAAAAGUAGCUACUACUACAUACCUAUCUUGUUUAUAUCUUGCUCAAUGUAUUUAGGAUGCACAUAGUCAUAUCUCGCGCGGAGUCUUGGUGAAUACCAUCUUACAGGAUUUCCCUUUCAUGUCAUGCAUCACUUCCGAACCCGAGGAAUUACAACGGUCUGCA